AGUUCAGUGAUUAAACAUUAACCUGUCUGUCGACUGUUCCUGAUGAUCAGCAAUCUUGACGAAAACAGUUGUAAAGGUUAGAUGACAUUAAAAAAAUGCAUGUAUACAAUAUACAUGCAUGAAUACAAUGUACAAACGACUUGAAAAGUAAAAAGUAGUUUCGCGUUCGUCACAUAACAAGAUCAAGAAUUUCUGGAAUCCUGUUGACAAAUUAUUCAACGUUAUGUGGAACGAAGAUCUGAAUACUAUUGUUCUACCAACAUUGUCUACAAUGAUUUUUUUUUUAUUUACCAUAAAUUUCUUUCGAUAUCUCAUAGGUAGUCCUCAUAUUCAGAUUAGAGAUGUUACAAAAGAACAUAAUUGGAGGGCAAUUAAUGGAACAACCAAGGCGUAUUAUUGCAGUAUUUGCGAGACUUUACUAUUGAAUCUUGAUGCACUUUUCUGUGAUUCUUGUGGUGUGUGCGCAGAUCGAAGUUGCGUAAAGCUUGCUGAUAAACAGCUAAAAUGCAAAGCUAUAACUCUUAAUAAUGAUCAACAGAUGAAGCAUCAUUGGAUUAAAGGUAAUUUGCCACUUGUUGCUAUGUGUUACAUCUGUGAAGAAGAAUGUGACAUUGAACCUGGUCUCACAGACUGGUGGUGUUGUUGGUGUCAGAGAUGUGUUCAUGAAACAUGUAAAUCUUCUCUCUCUGAAAUAUGUGAUUUUGGAAAGUUCAAAUUAAUGAUCAUUCCACCAGGAAGCUUAGAAGUAAUAAAUCGACGAAGUACAGUGAGACGUAGACUGCAUCUUCGUUCUGUUAUACCACCAAACUGGCCUAACUGGAAUCCGAUUAUUGUUGUAGGAAAUAGGAAAUCAGGAAACAAUGAUGGAGGCCAGAUUUUGUCUUUGUUUAGAAGGUUAUUGAAUCCUGCGCAAAUUGUAGAUUUAGCUGAACGUGAUCCGGUCGCUGCUCUCGAAUGGUGCCGUUUGUUGGGAAAAGAGAAAAUCCCAUCCACCAUACUCGUAGCCGGCGGCGAUGGAACCGUCGCUUGGUUAUUAAAUACCAUUAACAAGCUCGAGCUGGAGCCUAUUCCAUCUGUAGCAAUCAUUCCUUUGGGGACAGGCAACGAUCUAUCUAGAAUAUUAGGAUGGGGAAAGGAACACGAUUCGCAUUUGGACCCCAUGGAACUGCUGCGGCAAGUUCAAGCAGCGGAGAAAGUGAAACUUGAUAGGUGGUCUGUGAUGAUAAAACCACAUGGCGGAUUGGGAUUCAGAGGAUCGUAUCGCAACUUAUUUAUGUACAAUUAUGUAAGCGUGGGUGUGGACGCGCAAGUGACUUUGAACUUUCAUCGCACAAGAGAGAGUCGAUUUUAUCUCUUUAGUCAUAGAAUAUUUAACAAGCUGUUGUACCUGUGCUUUGGCACGCAACAAGUUGUGGAAAGGGAGUGUAAGGAUCUCGAUAAAAGUUUAGAAGUUUAUUUAGACGACAAGAAGAUAGAACUACCUUCUAUUGAGAGCGUAGUGAUACUUAACAUUCCAUCUUGGGCCGCCGGCGUCGACCUAUGGAAAAUGGGGAUGGAAGACGACAAAAAUUCAGGAGUCCAAAGUAUUAACGAUGGCAAGUUGGAAGUUGUAGCACUUUAUUCUUCAUUCCACAUGGCUCAGCUUCAAAUAGGUCUCUCGAAACCACAUCGGAUUGGCCAAGCUAAUACUGUAAAGAUAAAAUUAUCGCGGUCAUGCGCUAUGCAAGUUGAUGGUGAGCCCUGGUAUCAACAUCCGUGCGAAUUCAACGUAACAUACUGUAAUCAGGCUUCUAUGUUGAUGAGUAGCAACUGUUAAAUGUAUGUCGCGUGAACUUAUGAGAAUUUGCACAACUGCAUUUAUUUAUAUAUUACUAUGUGGAUGCCAGCUAAUAUUUGCUAAAUCUGUUAACUUAAUUACUUGAUAACGGCAAAUUGGAUAUAUAAAAUAUUAAAAAGGAUGUAAGAAGGAAAGAUGAAAAACUCUAGUCAAUGUUAUUUCACAAAAAAAUAUUCUUUAUAUAUCUUUUAUGAAAUCUGUUUCAUAAUUCUAUUUAUUGAUGCUUAUAUAUUUAUAAUAGAAAUAUAUAAAUAAAAUAAAAUAAAACGUGAAUAAAA